AUGAAGUUGAUAGGUUAUAGGGUAUUGCAGGAUCACGGCUCGGCGUGGAUUACCCUCUGGGACAUGCAACACAACGACAUGUGGGAUCGUGGAAAGCCUUCGCCAGCGUCAAUCGACCUCAUUGAACAACGAGGGGAUCUAUUCCGGCCUCUGGCGCCUGAUGGUCGGCAUCCAUUUGACAUUCCUAGGGUUACUAAUAUUCAUUCCAUGAAGGGCAGUGGGCAUGGUUACGAUGUAGUUAUGUUGGCUCUUCAUGGUUUCGACGCGUAUGGUGUUGAGAUAUCUGCGACCGGAGUGGCAGCAGCCCAGAGUUACGCCUCAAAGGAACUGCAAAGCCCGCAGGCGCAAAAUUUCGGAGAGCAGAAGAGUGGUUGCUCAACAAGCCCAGGCAGAGCCACUUUCAUCGAAGGUGAUUUUUUCGAUUCGGACUGGGAGCCCAGAGCGCUGGAAGGCGGGGAAGCUUACUUUGAUAUAAUUUAUGAUUAUACGUUCCUCUGCGCUCUGCACCCCGAUAUGCGCCGACAAUGGUCCGAGCGCAUGGCUGAGUUGCUGCGGUCGGAUGGGUACCUGGUUUGUCUUGAGUUCCCGUUGUACAAGGAUCCAGCGCUUCCUGGUCCCCCAUGGGGCUUGCAGGGGGUACAUUGGAAUCUGCUAGUGCAAGGCGGCGAUGGUAUUGUCAGUACUGGUACAGCCCCUGAGAUUGCAAACGCGGGCCAGCUCAGCGGCGCGUUCAAGAGGGUACUUUUUAUAGAGCCAGUUCGGUCAUAUGAUAUUGGGAAAGGGACAGACAUGCUGAGUGUUUACGCACCAAAGUAG